AUGUUGGCAUCCCUGUUUGCCGCUGUUCGGUUCCAGCUCCGACGAUGGAUUCAAAAGCAUGCCGAGACCAUCCCAUCCCUUUUCAACAGCACCUUAGAGGAGCUAAACCAUGGACUGAACGGUGGUCAUUUCACUUCCGUACAAUUAAUUCGUGCCUACAAGGCAAGGUCUAAGGAAGUGGAUGACACAUUCCAUGCUGUGAUUCAAUGGGACCCUGAUUCGGAGACGAUCGCACGUGCUCUUGAUGAGGAGAGACGUAGCACUUGCGGCUCAAGCGUCCUCCUCGGCAUUCGAUUGUCCUUCGAGGCACCAACUGUGCAGAGGCUUCGAAGAGCAGGCGUGAUCAUCCUGGGUAAAGCCAAUGUAUCAGAGUUUGCGGGCUUUCGCUCUACCAACGGGACAACUGCUUGGAGUCCGCGUGGAGGACAGGCAACGGGGAUCUUCUACCCCAACAUGAAGGCGUUCGGAAGCAGCUCCGGAUCCGCCCUUUCAGUAGGGCUCGGAACUGCAUUUGCAAGUCUAGGCACAGAGACAGUCUCGAGCAUUGUGGGCCCCGCAGAGAGGAGCUGCGUUGUGGGCUUGAAGCCUACCAAAGACAUGGUGAACUCAGACGGCAUCAUUCCCGUCUCACCAGCGCAAGAUACAGUGGGUCCAAUAGCAAAGACGGUCAAGGAUGUGGCGCAUAUUCUCUCCAUCAUGGCAGAGCCAGCCUUUGACUACUCGGAGUACUUAGGUCGCCCUCUCACAGAGGAGCUACGUGUUGGAGUCCUUCGCAAACCAGACGACAUGGUGGACAAACACAAGCUCAAAGCGUUCAACGAUGGUCUCGCCCGGCUUCGCGGCGCAGGUGCCAUCAUCAUCGACCCUGUCGCCAUCCCAGGGCUCGAGGAAUAUGAGAACCUCUCGGAAGCUGAGAAAUUAGUUGUAUUGGAAACGGAGUUCAAAGUGGGCCUGGAGGAAUUCCUGUCGAGCCUUGCGGUCAACCCCAGAAACAUCAAGUCUCUCGGCCAAUUGAUUGAGGCGAUCAAACAUGAUCCAUCCGAGCGUUUCCCGGAAUGGAAUGUUGAAAUCAUGGAACGGGCGGACCGUACCUCACGACAUUCUCCCACCUAUGCCACGAUGCGGGAAAGACAACAGUAUUUUGCAUCUGAGGGCGGUAUCCAAGGGGCUCUGGACAAUAGUGGCUGCCACGUGCUCCUCGCUGCGGAAGGCUCCCUCACGGUGCAAGGCUUCGCCGCCAUGGCAGGCUCACCAGCCAUGAGCGUCCCAAUGGGGUUCUAUCCACCAGGAACCGAAGCAGUCACCGAUGAGCGAAAUGGACAGGUUAUUACUGGGCCAAACGUUCCUUUCUCUGUUUAUCUCUACGCUCGGCGGUUCGAAGAUGCUCAAAUGCUUCGGGUAGCGCAAGCAUUCGAAUCAUCGACGCGAAUCAAUAAGAAACGGAAGCCAUACCAAGUCCCCGCAGUCGAUCUAAUCGACUUUGUACGGGAUUCAAAGCUGUAA